CACACGUGAACACAACCAGCUUAUCAAGUUGUGCUACGACUAGCGUGGGAUAAAUUUGCUUUGGUAAAUUAAUUCUUCUCACAUAAGCCUUAAUCGAAAGUAUAGCGUGACCAAUUGCUUUUAUCGUAUCAGUAGUUGCAUUCCACUGAAGGCCGACAUGUUGAGUGCAGCGUAUCACACCCGGAGCCGUCUCGCUACAGCCACUAGACUCGCUAUUCAAGGCAGCAGCAGCAGCAGAUCCACCCAGCCCUUCAAUGAGCCACUGUCAGGCAAUGCUAUGCCUCGACCAGGAGGCAUCGCCUCCAUGAUGAGACUGCCUGUCCAAGGGGACGCCACAGAACUUGACGCCUGCUUUGUUGGCAUUCCGCUUGAUGCCGGGGCUUCCAACAGGUCUGGUACACGGUUUGGGCCAAGACAAAUACGUACUGAAUCUGCCCUCCUCCGCAGGACGAACAUGGGGACAGGUGUGGAUCCGUUUCGCUAUCUCAGAGUGGCGGAUGCUGGGGACAUAAGAAUAAACAUGUUCAACCUGAAGAAGGCAUGCGACAAUAUCCGUGACGGCAUUGGCUCUAUCAUAGCAUCUGGCUGCCGGCCUCUUACUAUGGGAGGAGAUCAUACACUGACAUAUCCUGUACUCCAAGCAAUGAAGGCUCGAUAUGGUGCUGUUGGCCUUAUCCACGUGGAUGCUCACUCCGACACCAGUGACAGCAUGUACGGUGAGAAGAUAACGCAUGCUACAACGUUCAGGAGAGCGGUGGAGGAGCGUUGUCUGGACUGCAGCCGAGUGAUUCAGAUCGGGCUCCGGGGUUCUGGCUACAGUGUCAGUGACUACGACUGGGCGAAGCUGCAGGGGUUCCGCAUUGUGACUGGUGAGGAAUGCUGGACCAAGUCGAUGGUGGAGCUGAUGGGUGAGGUGCGCGACAUGAUGGGGAGCGCCCCUGUGUACCUCUCAUUCGACAUUGAUGCUUUAGAUCCCGCCUAUGCACCCGGGACAGGUACACCUGAGAUAGCUGGUCUCACCCCAUCUCAGGCCCUGCAGAUCAUCAGGGGAUGUCAGGGACUCCAAAUAGUAGGAGCUGAUCUCGUUGAGGUAUCUCCUCCCUAUGAUAUGGCAGGGACAACGGCGCUGACUGCGGCGAACCUUCUCUUUGAGAUGCUGUGCGUCUUGCCUAGUCCUACGUCCAAUUAAUCCUAUCGGAUCCAAAUAAAAGCUUUAAGAUUCA